GGAGGUUGGAUCCUAGGUGGCAGAAGAUAAGAUGGAAUCUGGUAGUUUGGGUUGCCCUUUUGAUUCGGUUAGUUCUUCUUCUUUUUAUGAAUUUGCUGAUUCCCUUGCCCCCCGAGUGUUGGGAUUGGGGCUUCCUGAAUCUGUCUGGGCAUCUCAACGACUGGAGGAGGGAUCUCAGGUUUGGGCUGUCGCCUGUCUACUUGAACUGCUUUUUCAGCAAAAUAGGCCGCUAAUUUCUUUGUUAUCUCCAACACGGCCGAUUCUGGCCUUGUCUGAGUUUAAUUUGAAGUAUAUACCACAGAGGGCACUUGAGAGCUCUACCCUCUGUUUUGCAACAUCGUUUGGGGCACAAAUCCUCUGUUCAUACAUUCAGAGGCGUCUGGAGCCAUACCACCGAGAAAGAGCAAAGAUAAAGAGCUUCAGCCAGCCGAACUUCCCUCAACCUCCAUCUGCUGCUGUUGUCUUUUUCGCUCUUCAGCCCUCUUGCGCUGCAGUCUGCGCCUCAAGGUUCUGGUUUUUAGACAAAGCAAGUGGCACGCCUAACAUCCAACUCACGUGGUAAAGGCUGGCUGAGGAUUUUUGGGGAAACAAAUAUACAAUAAAUACAAUUUUGUUCUAUACUUUUAGGAGAUAAUAUAAAAAAACCCCUUUGUAAUAUGCCCCUAAAUUUUUUUCAUUUUUCUUGAGAUCUUUUUAUAUUCUAAAUGAAAGUAUUUAAGACAU